AUUAUCCACAUCUUUAUGGAGCAUCCGUACUGUAUAUUAUAUUGACAUGGAAAUUGAGUAAAAAUGUUAAAACAGUGUGGCUAACAAACAUGCUCAUUUCAAACCACAUAGAUUUUCUGGCCGUGUUGAGGCAUGGGUCACUAAUGAAUUAAUAAUAGCCAUCAAAGAAGGAGACUUCUUAAAACGGAAAGCAUCAAAAACAAAAUCCAUCAUAGACUGGAAAGCUUUUAAACAAAAAAGGAACCAGAAAUUGUGGAUUCUGUCAAGCUAUCAGCGCAAACAGAUGGAAGAGUUAAAUGCAUAUUUGCCAAGUUAUAUAACCGGCUUUGUGAGCAUCGUGCACCAAUUUUUACCAUUAAACCAAACCCUGGUAGCUGGGGAACAUCUUUCGGGACAACUAAUAGUCCAGACACUGGUCCAUCACAACCUAGAACUGCCGACAACGAUUUUUAUUAUGGUUACUACCAAGCAUUGGGCAAUCCUGAAGGACAUCAAGCUGCCCUUAUGAGCCCUAAUUUUGAUGUCACUGAUAUAAACAUGGCUUGUGUUGCAUUUGAUUACAACAUGAAUGGUGCGGACAUGGGUAGUUUGUAUUUGGUGCAUGAAUACACUUCCUUUGACAGUGUUGUGAAUAUUAAUCCAUCUAGCUUGACAAACGAUGGAACAAGAAAAGAAAUUUUAGUUAACAGUGGUAAUCGUGGUGACCAAUGGAUAUCAUUUUUCUCUACUGUUGAUUUAACGAAUAUAGCAAAUUUUCAGGUGAAAUUUCAAAUCAUCACUGGACCGGGGCCACGUGGAGAUGUUGCUUUAGACAAUAUAACAAUUGCUGCUAACCAAGGGAUUUGUCCUGUUGAUCCUUGCACAGGUGUUACGUGUCAAAAUGGUGGUACAUGCAAUGGUGGUACUUGCAUGUGUGUUGCAGGUUAUACUGGACAAUUCUGUGAAACAGGAAUAGAUUCUUGCACAGGUGUUACGUGUCAAAAUGGCGGUACAUGCAAUGGUGGUACUUGCAUGUGUGUUGCAGGUUAUACUGGACAAUUCUGUGAAACCAGAAUAGAUCCUUGCAUAGGUGUUACGUGUCAAAAUGGUGGUACUUGCAAUGGUGGUACUUGCAUGUGUGUUGCAGGUUAUACUGGACAAUUCUGUGAAACCAGAAUAGAUCCUUGCACAGGUGUUACGUGUCAAAAUGGUGGUACAUGCAAUGGUGGUACUUGCAUGUGUGUUGCAGGUUAUACUGGACAAUUCUGUGAAACCAGAAUAGAUCCUUGCAUAGGUGUUACGUGUCAAAAUGGUGGUACUUGCAAUGGUGGUACUUGCAUGUGUGUUGCAGGUUAUACUGGACAAUUCUGUGAAACCAGAAUAGAUCCUUGCAUAGGUGUUACGUGUCAAAAUGGUGGUACAUGCAAUGGUGGUACUUGCAUGUGUGUUGCAGGUUAUACUGGACAAUUCUGUGAAACCGGAAUAGAUUCUUGCAUAGGUGUUACGUGUCAAAAUGGUGGUACAUGCAAUGGUGGUACUUGCAUGUGUGUUGCAGGUUAUACUGGACAAUUCUGUGAAACAGGAAUAGAUCCUUGCACAGGUGUUACAUGUCAAAAUAAUGGUACAUGCAAUGCUGGUACUUGCAGUUGUGUGCGAGGUUUCAUCGGUGCGAACUGCGAAACUGCAAUAGCUCUACCCGGUGACUGGGGUCCAUGGCUUAAUGUGACAAAUUGCUCUAUGACUUGUGGCACAGGUUAUUUUGUACAAGAACGCCGUUGUGAUAAUCCACCACCAAUUAAUGGAGGUAUAGCCUGUGAACUGCGUACCGGGAGUGGAUUAUUUGAAAAUAGAACGGUUUCAUGCAUGUUAACUCCUUGUCCUGACCCUUGUGCAAGUGUUACAUGUCAAAAUAAUGGUACAUGCAAUGCUGGUACUUGCAGUUGUGUGCGAGGUUUCAUCGGUGCGAACUGCGAAACCGCAAUAGCUCUACCCGGUGAUUGGGGUCCAUGGCUUAAUGUGACAAAUUGCUCUAUGACUUGUGGCACAGGUUAUUUUGUACAAGAACGCCAUUGUGAUAAUCCACCACCAAUUAAUGGAGGUAUUGGCUGUGAACUGCGUACCGGGAGUGGAUUAUUUGAAAAUAGAACGGUUUCAUGCAUGUUAACUCCUUGUCCUGUCAAUGGAAUGUGGGGGAAUUGGACGUAUAGCAGUUGUAGUAAAACUUGUGGUGGUGGAGUCUUGGAAAGAACACGCAUGUGUAACAACCCUACUCCUGCUGGUGGGGGUAAUCUUUGCUUAAAAACUGAUAACCAAACAUCUGCAGAAAGAGAAACACAAACGCAGGCAUGCAAUGAGGAUGUUUGUCCCGUUCAUGGUGGUUGGUCUGAAUGGAGUUCUUACACAAGUUGCUCUUCAACAUGCGGUGUUGGUACUCAGAGUCGUACUAGAUCAUGUAACAAUCCUGCACCAAGUAAUGGUGGUACGGAAUGCAGCGGAAGUGCUAUUGAAAGACCGUCAUGUUUUUCAUCACCGUGCCCAGUCCCCGGAGUUUGGAGUGUGUGGGGUUCAUGGAGUGCAUGUCAAGUGACAUGUGGUAAUGGAAUAAUAUCGCGUACAAGAACCUGUUCAAAUAAUAAUUGCAAUGGCAAUGCUACUGAAACAGCAUACUGUGUUGGCGGAUGUCGAAAAGAAAUAUGCCCAAUGGUGCAGAGUAACAUUGAUUGUAACUUCGAAACCGCUUGUUGGUUCGCAAGUGCUGAUGGUGGAUUUCAAAUAGCAGGCCGAACUGAAACUCCCAGCACAGGACCAUCUAUCGACCACACUUUUAACAAGACAGGAUGUGGAUCAUUUGCGUUUUUGGAAGCCAGUGGUAGACCAGUUGGUUUCACAUCAUACUUAGCCUCUAGUUUAACGAUGCUCAACCAAUCUGAUGUCUGCUUUACAUUUUAUGCAUCAAUGUAUACCGCUUUUCCAGAAUAUAUGGGCUCUCUUAGUGUUUUUCUGGUUGAAAACGGUACUAACACCCAAACACCUCUUUGGCAGCAUAACGGAGUUUUAACGAACACUCCACUCGAAUGGAAACAAGUUAACAUAGAUGUAAACUACGCAGGUUCUAAUUCUAUUUACUUCUUAUUUAAAGCUGUCAGAGGUACAAGCUUUUCAUCUGAUAUUGCUAUUGACGACGGCUCCUUAGCCUUUGGACCUUGCACUGGCCAAGUUGAUGGAAAUUGGGGAGAAUGGGGCAGUUGGGGUACUUGUGAUAUUAGUUGCGGAGAAGGGGGCAUGUUGAGAAGGUACAGAAAUUGUUCCAGUCCGACACCGAGCAACGGUGGAAAGAAUUGUACUGGCAUGGGCGUAGAUUCAACCCCCUGUCCUGUUGUAGCAUGUCCAAUUAAUGGAAACUGGACUAUGUGGACCAAUUGGACUGCUUGUUCCAAAUCGUGCGAUAAUGGGACAAGAACUCGACUUCGUGAAUGUGCCAAUCCAGCUCCAUCAUUUGGUGGUGACAAUUGUACACGUCUAGAUGGAACAAUGGCAUUAGAGGAAGCAAGUACAGAGCGCUGCAACACCGAUCCCUGUUUUCGUCAAGGGGGUUGGAGCGAUUGGUUUAACAGUACCAGCUGCUCUCAAACGUGUGGUAACGGAACAUAUCAAAGAAACAGAACGUGUGACAACCCUACACCUAUUGGAGAAAACAGUUGGUGUGUUAAUCUAAAUAACAUGACUGCCCUAAAUGAAACAGGCGCUGUACCAUGCCUUUUAGUCGAAUGUCCAGUACAUGGCGGAUGGAGUGAAUGGAGCAAUUAUACAGCAUGUUCUCAAACAUGCGACAACGGCACAUACUCCCGUAAUCGAACGUGCAAUAAUCCAGCUCCAGCUUUUAAUGGUUCGGAAUGUUUAGACAGUACCAACACGACAAUGUUGUUGAUGGAGAAUGUUACAGAAGUAUGUCAAAUUGUUGAAUGUAUAGUACCUGGUGAUUGGAGUGAUUACGUAAAUGUGACAGAAUGUUCAAAAUCUUGUGGCAAUGGUACGGUAACGCAAGAGCGCUAUUGUAACAACCCGACCCCAAGAGGUGGUGGCAUCGCAUGUGAAGGUCCAGAAGGACCCGCUCUGUUUCAGAAUAAAACACUGUUAUGUAACACAAAUCCUUGUCCAGUGAAUGGCACUUGGGGAAACUGGACGGAAUAUUCGCCAUGUUCGGUUACGUGCGGUAAUGGCACAAAGAAUAAAAACAGAUCGUGUGACAAUCCGGCUCCAGCUCAUGGAGGAUAUCCCUGCACGCUUACAAAUGGUAGUAUGGGACUGUUUGAAAUGAAAUUUAUGUCAUGUGAAGAUGAAGUAUGUCCAGUAAACGGAAGUUGGAGUGAGUGGUCUAAUGCAACAAUGUGUUCAAAGUCAUGUGGUAAUGGUACGUAUACGAGGGAACGGUUUUGUAACAACCCUCCUAAAGCCGGGUCUGGCAUGGAUUGUGUGGGUGGCGACAACACAACGUAUGAUACCGAAACACUGGACUGUAAUACACACAAUUGUCCAAUUCAUGGAAAUUGGACAGAGUGGUCCUCAUAUAGCGAUUGUUCAGUUACGUGUGGUAAUGGAACCAAAGAAAGAAAUCGAACCUGCACUGAUCCCCCUCCACAAUUUGGUGGCGAUGAGUGCAUGAUGAUGAAUACAUCACGUGGUCUGGUUGAAUAUAAUUCAACACAAUGCAACCGUGUUAUGUGCCCAAUUCAUGGCGGAUGGAACGAUUGGUAUAACUCAACAUGUAAUGCAACUUGCGGUGGUGGCUAUAUAACGGCCUCUCGAGAAUGUGAGAAUCCACCACCUAAUUACGGCGGUAAUAAUUGUACGAACUCCAAAGGUGUUGAGCAAACUGGGAUUGAAAUGAUUGUGAAUUCAUGUAACAACCACUCGUGUCCAGUUCAUGGAAACUGGAGUACUUGGUCUGGUUAUACGGCGUGCAGUUUGACAUGCGGAAAUGGUACUAAGUCUAGAAAUCGUACGUGUAAUAAUCCUGUCCCCAUGUAUGGUGGUCUGCUAUGCAAUUUAACAGAUGGUACGAAUGGAUUAGAAGAGAUAGAGACAAUGGAUUGUUUCGAAGCGCACUGUCCCGAUCCAUAUGAUUGUUCGUUUGAAUCUUCCCCGAAUACGAAGACAAUGUGCAAUUUCACAAUUGAUGGUACAAAUAACAGAUGGUCAUUACAUACUGGUAGAACUGACACUCGCGACACUGGUCCAUACAAUGACCACACAUACGGAAAUUCUUCGGGAUAUUAUCUGUACUUUGAAGCUUCGGGUUUUAAUCCUGUUACUGACGUGAGAUACCCUGCCGAUAAUGACUUUGCUUCCAUUGGUAAAUUUCCAGCAUUCAGUGGUUUCAGAUGCAUGCGAUUUUGGCUUCACAUGUAUGAAAAUAGUACUCUAUCAGCCACUAUUAAUCCAGGCGAGUUUCGCGUAAUCCAAGUCAGUUCAAAUGGAACAGAAUGGGAUCUUCUAAAAAGAACAACGUUUUUUCCGGAUAAUAUCUGGUAUCAACAAGAUGUAAAUAUCACUGCCACUUCGAUGGAUUACGAGAUUCGUUUUUAUGGAAGGAGAGUUGAUUAUUAUGCUGAUCGAGCAAUUGAUGACGUCUCAUUUUACGAUGUUUCUUGUCCGGAAGUUGAUGCGUUAAUCGCAAGUGGGGAGAUGACUCUUGGUUCCUAAUGUUUUACAUUCCCGCCAUCAUCGCGUAAAUAAUGUUAAUUGGAAACUUGAAACAUUCGAAUUAUAUGUUUUAAUUUGUUAAAUAUUUUUAUUAGUUUUGUAUUAAUUUUGUAUGUAGUAAUUUUUGUCUCCUGUCUAUAAAAUUAUGAUAUUACUUGAGUAAGAAUCCCUGCCUCUUGACUGAGCGGCAUAAUUUUAAUUAAAAGCGUCUUCCGGCAAUUAACUUUCUUGCCUUUUGCAAGGGCUAAUCAGGUCAAUUAAUAAUCGCUCAACCAAAAAUUCUAUAGUUGAGCUUAAUUAUAAUUAAUUACCGCUUCGAAUUAUUUUCAUUUUGUAAAUUUUCAAUUGUCUUACAAUAGUUUCUCUCUAUUUUUUUAUAAUUGUAUAAUGUUAAGAAACAAUGUAAGGUUAUUUUUAAUAAAUUGGCGAGUUUUGUUCAAAAUAGCGCGUCUCUGAAAUCAAACAACAGUAGAAUAUCAGAGUCAAAAUUAUUAUGUUAGUGUUUCGAAUAUGCUGUUACUAUAAGUAUUUGUAGCUUUUAAAUCCUGUAAAAUUCUUACGAGCACGAUUCUUUUUGCAUUUAUUUGAAAAAUAGGUGUAACUUUUUUAUUUGUUUAAAACGCACCAUUUGUUUUGUUGAUUACACCUUUAGAAUAUAUUGACAUCACGUUACAAA